GUGGGCUAAGGAAGUCUGUCUGUGUUUAAGAGGCAUGGACACAGGAGAUCACCAUGUCUUUGGACACUGGUGGCUGGGGUACUGCUCACAGGUGAGAAAGCCUGAGAGGGAAGAACUUAGAGAACAGGAAGACUCAAGAACUUCUGAAGUUCCUUAGUGUGUAGGCAACAUGAAGAUGACUCUGGUACAGACCUCUUUCAUGCUGCUUUUGCUGCUGUUGGGUCUGGGCCUGGGCCUGGGGUUGGGGCUCCACAUGGCUGCAGCAGUCCUGGAAGAUAGUGAUCAACUACUGAAUGAGUUUUGGUCCAGUGACUCACAGGACAAAACUAGGGCCACUGAAGAGGGAGAAGGCACCAGAACCCCAGAAACCCUGGUGCUUAGCAUUAAAGAAAUGAUGCGGCCUGGUGGUCCAGAAGAGCCCAUCCUUGGUGAAGAUGAAGUGGGAGGAAGCAAGAUGAUGAAGGCAGAGGCUCUUUUUCAGAGCAAUGAAGACUAUCUUAGGUUUGACUUGAGUGACAGGGAGUGUAAUGCCAUGAUGGCAUCCAAGAACCAGGGGCACAAUCAUAGCUGUGUGGCCCAAUACACAUUCAUCCAUGAAGACCCAAGUGUAGUCACAGCUGUCUGUAAGAGUCCUGUCGUUGCCUGUGCUAUCAAGGGGGCCAAAUGUCACAGAAGUCCCCGUCCCUUUGACUUGACAAUAUGCAAACUGUCCAAACCAGGACUAGUUACACCUAACUGCAAUUACCUGACAUUCAUUAUGGAAAAGGUCAUUUAUAUAGCCUGUGAUAACAUAAGGAAUACAUUGUCAUUAGAGCAGUGA